AUGGAGGCCGCCAUGAUCCCCUUGAUCAAGAAGCUCGGCAGCCUACUCGCUGGCGAGUGCAACCUGGAGAAACGCGUGAGGAAGCGCGUCGAGUCUCUGAUCACUGAGUUGAAGAUGAUGCACGCCGUUCUACGCAAGAUCGGCGCCAAGCCGGCCGAGCAGUUCGACGAGCACGUCCUCAUCUGGGCGGGCAAAGUGAGGGACCUCUCCUACCAUAUGGAGGACGCCGUCGACAAUUUCGUCGUCCGCGUGGAGGACCACGGCCAUGACGGUGGCUCCACCAACAUGAGGAACAAAGUCAAGAAGUUCCUCAAAAAGCCCACAAAACUGUUUACCAAGGGUAAGGCUCUUCAUCAGAUCUCCGAUGACAUUGAAGAGGCUCAGCGGCUCGCCAAGGAGUUAGGCGACCUGCGCCAGAGGUAUAUGAUUGAGGCACAUGCCAACAGUAGUGGUGAUGCCAUUGAUCCUCGCCUCAAGGCGGUGUAUAAAGAUGUCACGGAGCUCGUUGGGAUAGAUCAUGUAAGAGAUGAGCUGAUCAAGAAGUUGUGUGAUAGUAAUGAGAGGUCCAAGGAGCACUUACAGACCAUGUCUAUUGUUGGAUUUGGUGGGUUGGGCAAGACAACUCUCGCCAAAGCAGUGUAUGACAAGAUCAAAGUGUUGUUUGAUAGUGUAGUGUUUGUUUCCGUGUCUCGGAAACCUGACAUGACCAAGAUUUUCAAGAAGAUCUUAUAUGAACUUGACGAGAACAAGUAUGCAACCAUCAACGAAGCUGCUAGGGACGAUGGACAACUCCUCGAUGAAUUGAGAAAGUUUCUUCAGGAUAAGAGUAUUUGA